CGGGGGGCCGGGGGGCCGGGUGGGGGGCGCCCCGCGCUCCGGCCGCGUCUGUCUCCCGGGAGGGGGGUUGUGCGCUGGGCCCCGGGCCCCGCCGGCUGCGGGCGGCCCGCGAGGGGGCGGCGGCUCCCGGGCUUUGUGGCCGCGGCGCGCACGGCGGGGCCUGACCGGCCGGGGGCGCGCCGCCACCCGGCGCUCCGGAGCCCGCGGCCCUGCCGGCCGCCCCGCCCGCGAGAGGAGCCGAGAGACGCCGAGGGCGCCCGCGCUCUUCUCCCGCCGGCCCCGCCCGGGUCUCCGCGGCCGCCGCGCCGCCGCUGCAGAUGCUCUAGUGGUGGUUUCAAGGACCCAAGAGGUAGCACCGAGGAAACAACUUUGGAUCUCAGCCUCGCUAACGGGCCAGGACCAACAGUGGAAAAUGCAAAACAACGAAAUCAUAAAACCUGCCAAAUACUUCUCCGAGUUGGAAAAGAGCAUCCUGCUUGCCUUGGUGGAAAAGUACAAAUAUGUCCUGGAGUGCAAGAAAAGCGACGCCCGGACGAUCGCGCUCAAGCAGCGCACGUGGCAGGCCCUGGCCCACGAGUACAACUCUCAGCCCAGCGUGUCGCUGCGGGACUUCAAACAGCUGAAGAAGUGCUGGGAGAACAUUAAGGCGCGGACCAAAAAAAUCAUGGCCCACGAGAGGAGAGAGAAAGUGAAGCGCAGCGUCAGCCCGCUCCUGAGCACCCACGUCCUGGGCAAGGACAAGAUCGCCAGCAUGCUGCCCGAGCAGCUGUACUUUCUGCAGAGCCCCCCGGAGGAGGAGCCCGAGUUCCAGCCUGAAGCCCCUGCCACAGAAUCAUUUGCUGUUUCAAAUAGAGAACUGUGCGAUGAUGAGAAAGAUUUCAUACACUUCCCAGUAUGUGAGGGGACCUCUCAACCUGAACCCUCCUGUUCAGCUGUCAGGAUAACAGCCAAUAAAAACUACAGGAGCAAAACUUCUCAGGAAGGUGCUUUAAAAAAGAUGCACGAGGAAGAACACCAUCAACAAAUGUCCAUCUUACAACUGCAGCUGAUACAAAUGAACGAGGUGCAUGUGGCCAAAAUCCAGCAGAUAGAACGAGAGUGUGAGAUGGCAGAGGAGGAACACAGGAUAAAAAUGGAAGUUCUCAAUAAAAAGAAGAUGUAUUGGGAAAGGAAACUACAAACUUUUACCAAGGAAUGGCCUGUUUCCUCAUUAAACCGGCCCUUUCCAAAUUCCCCUUAAGACUUUGGCUGUGGAGGGCAUUCACCCCCCUCACCCCACAUACACACCUUGUAAUUAAUUUCUGUUGGCAAAGAAAGUCUGGAACAUGAACUCGCGGUCAGUCACCUGUACUAGAGCGACAACUAGGUAAAUUAGAGUGGUAGUAGUCACUUAUUUAAGAGUACAUUCAGGUAAACAGCUGCACCCCACCUACCCCUGAAGUGGCAAAGAAACUGUUACUAGUCUUCUAAAAACGAUCUCUGAGUGAUCUCAUUCUGAAUGUAAUACUGUCUCUUAAUUAGAAUUCAUACAAGAACCAA